AUGCAAACAAAACUCCCGCCAUUGCUCCAGGCCUCAUCGGGGGCAGUAGGCUCGGCAGUUGGCAACGCCAUUGUCUACCCCCUCGAUGUCGCCACCACCCGUAUGCAGAAUGACGCCAAACGAUCUCCUGCCAGACGAUUGACUCUUAUAUUGACUCUCCAUCGCCUUCUCUCUCGGCGUAACGCUCUUUCCAGAGUAUAUGACGGCCUUGAGGCUGAUACCCUCUCCACGUUCCUUUCCAGUUUCCUCUACUUCUUUGCCUACACCACUCUUCAGAAAGCGCUGAGCCAAUACCGCGCUCGACGUGCUGAACAUGCCGGAUCGUCACCUGCCGGUGGUCUAUCAGGAAAAGCUUCCGAUACAACAGCCAGCAACAAAGCGAAGCCAUUCGAAGAGCUCAUCAUCGGCAUCCUCGCCGGUAUCACUUCCAAAGGAGUGACACUCCCCAUCUCUACGGUCUGCGUCCGGCAGCAAGUGAACGAGUCUGGCGAGGCCGACACACGUUCCAUGCUCGACACGCUAAAGACGAUCUACGCCGAUGACGGGCUGGCGGGACUAUUCAGAGGCUUUGGUCCCACCAUUCCUCUUACUCUCUUGCCUUCGUUGACCUUGUAUAUCCACUCUGUGCUAUUGAAAGCGAUCGUGCCCGCGCGACAUCGUGCCCAUCCACCAGGAUACAUCACCUUCUUCCUUGGCGCUCUGUCCAAUGCCCUAGCCACGAUUCCUCUCUACCCUUUGGUAUUGGUCAAGGUGCUAGACCAGUCAGGAUCUGUAAAGGGGAAGGAAAAGGCGCAAGAGGGAGGGAUAUUGCAGGUGCUCAAAGACAGGGUGGGGAAGGAAGGUAUCAAGGGCCUCUAUAUUGGACUGGAGGGGCAGCUUGUGAAGGGUGUAGUGCAGCAAGGUGUCAUGAUUGUGGAAGAAGCCGCUGUCAGAUUCUACGGCGCCACGUGA